AACAAUAUCGCUAUUUAAAGGUUGAGGAAGCAGGUUCGAACUACACGUUGCUCUGCUUUAUGAAAAGACCAAACAUGACUAGAGCACAUGGACAUGCCAUACACAUGGCAACCCUGUAACGUACAAACUUGAAACGUGUUAAUCAUGCAAAGUUGGCAGUUAUAAUAUCACACUUUCCGAGAAUAACAUAAUAGGGUAUUAGGAAUAUUAAUAUAGGUCUUAGGUCUGGUCACAUUCUUUACUCAAGUAAAGUGUUGGAGACCGGUAGACUCAGUCUUUGUGUCCAAGUUCUAUUCGCAAAUAAUGAUUGUGUCAGGGAAACAACCGGAACCCUUGAACCUCGAUCUAUUAAAACUAUAAAAAAAAUUACCAUUUAAAUGGCCAAUUCCUUCAACAAUAUCGCUAUAUAAAGGUUGAGGAAGCAGGUUCGGACCACAGGUUGCUCUACUUUAUGACAAGACCGAACAUGGCUAGAGCACAUGAACAUGGCAUACACAUGGCAAACCCGUAACGUACAAACUUGAAACGUGUUAAUCAUGCAAAAUGUGUCGGUUAUAAUAUCACACACUUUCCGAGAAUAACAUAAUAAGAUAUUAGGUAUAUCAAUAAAACUAUAAAAAAACAUACCAUUUAAAUGGCCAAUUCCUUCAACAAUAUCGCUAUAUAAAGGUUGCUCUGCUUUAUGACAAGACCGAACAUGGCUAGAGCAUAUGAACAUGACAUACACAUGGCAAAAUUUUACCUACAAACUUGAAACGUGUUAAUCAUGCAAAGUUGUCGGUUAUGAUGCCACACUUUCCGAGAACAACACAAUAAGAUAAUAGAAAUAUCAAUAAAACUAUAAAGCAGAGCAAGAACGUGAUAACAUUUGUGCUGCCAUGGAGACCCGUAGCAAACGACGUCGAAGGUUGUCGGAAGAAAACCACAUCGACAAACUCGGAGACGAUCUCCACGUAGAAAUUCUGAUCCGGUGCCUCCCGAACCCUAGAUCCGCCUGCCGCUGCAAAACCGUCUGCAAGCGUUGGAGGCGUCUGAUCUCCAGUCCCAGCUUCAAUCUCAGUUUCAUUUCUCACCACCGGAGCAUGAACGAGGAGUCAUCAUCACCGCCUCUUCUCAUUCACGCGCACGCCGUGCAAUCGAUCCUCAGCUUCAUGCCCGCCGCGGCCAUGGACGCUCGAGGCCAUUUCAAAGUUUUGGAUUGCUUCAAGGACUUGCUUCUGUGCGGGUUCAUAGGUCAGGCUUACAACAGCGAGCUCAGAAGGACAUUCGUGGUCUGCAAUCCGUUUACGAAGCAAUGGUUGACCCUCCCCCUGGCGCCUGAAAAGGCGAUGGAGUAUGGACCUACAAGGGGAUGGGCGGCGAGGUUAGUUUGCGAACCCCGUAUCUCUCAUGAUCUUGAUUUAGGAGAUCAUGAUGAUGAUAAAACAUUCGUUUAUUCCGAGUAUCGGUUUCGAGUGGUGAUACUGUACCAACAUGAGAGGUCUGCAAAGCUAGAUCUGUUUUGCUCCGAGUCUGGAGAAUGGACAGGGGGGGCUCUUGUUCUCGACGGCGUCGUCUUUAAGAAAAAUGCGAUUUCGUGCAACGACGAGUUGUUUUGGGUUUAUGCUAGAGAUGAUGAUGGCGAGGAUACUCCUAUAUUGGUUGCAUUUAAUCCAUUCCGGCUAGAUUUAUCUCUCAUUUCCAUUGAUUCUUCUAUGCUCGCUGAGAAUCCAAGAUGGAAUAUUUCGGUCUCGCAAGGUGCUCUGCACAUAGUUGCAUUCAGAAAGAUCUCUGCUCCUCCUGCACCUGAUGAUUGUUCAGGGGAUCUGAUCUCCAGUACUGUUUGGAGGCUCGAACCGGACCGUAAAUCUUGGAGUAAAGACUUUGAAGGGUUGAUGAAGAAAGCUAAAUAUGACCCUAUGAAAUGCACAUUUAUCGGUCUGCAUCCGGAGAAGACGGAAAUUGCAUUCUUCAACUAUCGUCAUGAUGUUGUAGCUAUGCCUAUGUCGUCCACUUUCUUGUCCUGCGAUUUGAGGAGGGGAGAGCUAGAGCUCUUCGCUGAACUAAAACUAUCUCAUCCUUGUUUUAAGGUACUCCGACCUAGGUUCGUCUGUUGGCCUACUCCGAUCCCUAGGUAUGAGGAAUUGCGAAGUAUGUACAAUAAUGGAACUGAUGAGAAAUGUCUAGUUCAGGGCACCGAGGCAACACACCAAUAAUUACUUUGUGUUGUCACAAGUUCCUCUUCUUCAAAAUUUUGCUUUGGUUGCAAUCUCUUAAUUUGUUGGAAAAAACGAGUACUAUGAGGGGAAAAAAUUGUCGAAGGAGGAACUGUUUCAAGUGAAGGGCAGCGGAGGGAAGAAAUAUGUUGGAGGGAAAAUUUGAGAGAGUGUCACACAUCCUUAAGGAGAUGGCCUUAUCUAUAAUGUUGAAUUAACAAUAAAUUAAAGUAUAGCAGUUUAUUAAAAAUUAAAAAAAAAAUCUUAGGGUACCCUAAAAAAAGCAUGCUUAUAUUGAGAUGAUUAAGUUUUCAAGUUUAUUAAAGGUCAUGUCCAAAUUGAUGGUAAUUAGAUUUACACAGUGAAUAUGCUUAGAUAUAUUUGAAAUGUACUUGUACAAAUGACAAUAUUAUAAAAUUUGGUAAAAAAAUCAUAAAUGAAGUAAUUUGGU